AUGUUGAAGCCUGAUUCAUCAGGGAAAAGGAGACAGAAGAAACAAAAGAUAAAGUGGAGCAAGCUUUAUUCAUUUGCAUGUUUCAAUCCUGCAGUUAAUGUUGAUGAUACUGAAGCAAGGCCUAAUCAACAACUUCUUGGUCAGCCCGGGUUUUCGCGUGUGGUGUUCUGUAAUGAGCCACACUUGCAUAAGAUCAAGCCAUACAAAUAUCCCAAUAAUUAUGUAUCCACAACUAAGUACAAUUUAUUGACCUUCCUUCCUAAAGCGCUUUUCGAGCAAUUUCGCAGAGUGGCCAAUCUGUAUUUUCUCUUAGCAGCGGCGUUGUCUGUUACCUCGUUGUCACCUUUUGAACCUGCAAGCCUGAUUUCACCCCUUGUUUUUGUUGUUGGAAUCAGUAUGCUCAAAGAAGCAAUGGAAGAUUGGAAUAGAUUUUUGCAGGAUUUAGAUGUGAAUUCCAGGAAAGUGAUGGUUCACUCAGGAAAUGGUUCUUUUGUAGAGAAACCCUGGAGAGAACUUUGUGUUGGGAAUAUUGUGAAAGUGAGAAAGAAUGAGUACUUCCCAAGUGAUCUCCUUUUGCUGUCAUCUAGCUAUGGUGAUGGUGUUUGCUAUGUUGAGACCAUGAACCUUGAUGGAGAAACCAACCUGAAAUUUAAAAGAAGCCUAGAAGUAACACUUGGUAUGGAUGAAGAUGUUGAAUUUUCCAAGUUCGACGCGACGAUACAUUGUGAGGAUCCAAAUCCAGACCUUUACACUUUUGUUGGCAAUCUGGAGUUUCAGGAUGGAACUUAUCCCUUAUCACCAACUCAGAUUCUUCUGAGAGACUCGAAACUUCGGAACACUGAGUUCAUCUAUGGUGUUGUGAUCUUCACUGGACCAGAUGCAAAGGCGGUGAGAAAUUCCACAAAAUCGCCAUCUAAAAGAAGUAGGAUCGAAAGAAGGCUGGACUUUGUUAUAUAUGCUCUUUUUGUUUUGUUGGUGAUCAUAUCACUCAUCAAUUCCAUUGGCUCCGUUCUGGUGCUGAAAUUUGAAGCAAUUAAAUGGUGGUACCUUGAGUUGAAGGAAGGCGUUGAUCAAUCGUUUGAUCCAUCAAAUGUUGUUAGAUCAUUCUUUUGUCAGCUGGUAAGAGCCUUAAUAUUGUAUGGCUACCUUAUUCCGAUCUCUCUUUACGUGUCUGUUGAAGUUGUUAAAGUUCUACAAGCUAUGUUCAUCAAUAAGGAUCUGAGGAUGUUCGAUGAUCUUACGGGUAAGGCAGUUGUAGCCCGAACAUCCAACCUAAAUGAGGAACUAGGUCAAGUGGAAAUCAUUCUGUCCGACAAGACGGGAACCCUGACUUGUAAUCAGAUGGAAUUCAGGAAGUGCUCCAUAGAAGGAACAUCAUAUGGAGGGGAGAUAAAUGAAGUUGAUCUUGCGGCUUCAAGGAGAAUAAACAUUGGUGAGGAAAGGCAUCAGCUCAGCGAUGAUGCAUCGUCAGAUUCCUCCGCGCGAAGUGUUGAGAUGUUUGAGUUCUCUAUGGUUGAAACUGAGGCACACAGUGCUCUACACUCUAAUCACGCCAGAGAGAACUCUGAUGCUGGAAAUCAAAGACAUUUUGCAGCGGAAUCCAUCAUAAAAGGUUUUAAUUUUAGGGACAGUCGCCUCAUGGACCGAACUUGGGUGAAUGGGUCUAAUGUCCAUGACAAGCUGAUGUUUUUCAGAGUUAUGGCGCUAUGUCACACAGGAAUUCCUGUUGAAGAAGGGAACAGCAACAGGCUGAAAUAUGAAGCAGAGUCCCCUGAAGAAGUUGCUUUCCUGGUUGCUGCUCAAGAAUUUGGAUUUAAAUUCUGUGAAAGAACUCAAUCAGUGUUGGUUGUCGAAGAACUUGAUCCCUCGUCAGGAAUGGAGGUGAAGAGGGACUACAAGCUUCUGAAUCUUCUAGAGUUCAACAGUUCAAGGAAAAGAAUGUCCGUAAUAGUGUGCAAUGAGGACGGAGAUAUCUUUCUGUUCUGCAAAGGAGCUGACAAUGUCAUCUUCGACAGACUUGCAGAUAAUGGUAGGACACAUCAGCAGGCAACACAGGCUCAUCUUUCAAGUUAUGCUGAAGACGGCUUGCGUACAAUGUUGUUUGCAUACAGAAAGAUUGGAGUGACGGAAUAUGAUGAAUGGAAUAAAGUGUUUACGAAGGCGAAAACCACAGUAGGUGCUGAAAGAGAAGGCCUACUUGAGCAAGCAUCUGAAAUGAUUGAAAAAGACUUGUUUCUUCUAGGUGCAGUUGCCAUUGAAGAUAAACUGCAGAAGGGGGUUCCUGAGUGCAUCGACAAACUUGCACAAGCUGGGCUCAAGAUAUGGCUGCUAACUGGGGAUAAAAGAGAGACUGCUGUGAAUGUAGGAUUCGCGUGCAGUUUACUCUCUGAUGACAUGAAACAGUUCCAUAUAAGUUUGAAAGUAGAAGCUGACAAAAAUCAUCAAAUAACGGCUAUGGAAGAAGACAUUUUAUCCCAAGUCAGGACUUCGUAUGAAGAAAUUUCUGGAUUUAACCACCAUCAGGACGUCCCUUCGGCUUUGAUAGUGGAUGGGAAAGUCAUUGAAAUUGCCUUAAGAAAUGAAAUCGGCAGGAAUCAGUUCCUACAGUUAGCAGUCAUUUGUGACUCGGUUAUAUGCUGUCGCGUUUCACCCAAGCAAAAAGCUUUGAUCACUCGCCUGGUGAAAGAGUUCACUGGAAAGACUACAUUAGCUAUCGGGGAUGGAGCAAAUGAUGUCGGCAUGAUUCAGGAAGCUGACAUUGGAGUGGGGAUCAGUGGAGUGGAAGGAAUGCAGGCUGUUAUGGCAAGUGACUUUUCAAUGCCUCAAUUCCGUUUCUUGGAACGACUACUAAUAGUUCAUGGCCACUGGUGUUACAAGAGAAUUGCUAAGUUGAUACUUUAUUUUGUAUACAAGAACGUUGCAUUUGGAUUGACAUUGUUCUACUAUGAAGCAUACAGCAAGUUCUCGGGAACUGAUUUGUACGAUGAUUGGCAUAUGGUAGUGUUCAAUGUUCUCCUGACAUCCCUACCUGUGAUCGCUCUAGGUGUUUUAGAUAAAGAUAUCUCAGCUGAUGUUUGUUUGCGGUUUCCAGCACUCUACCAACAAGGACAAAAAAAUACAAGUUUCAACUGGAAGUGCAUAAUCGGGUGGAUACUAAAUGCGAUCCUUUCCUCGCUAGCCAUCUUCGCGAUGACCAUCCACAUACUUAAUCUGACUGCAUUCAGAGAAGAUGGACAGGUUGCAGAUAAUUCGCACAUCGGUACCAUCAUGUAUACAUGUGUAAUCUGGACCGUGAACUGCCAGAUGGCGCUGAUAACCAGAUACUUCACUUGGAUUAACCAUGUUCUUAUCUGGGGAAGCAUUUUGGGUUGGUACAUCUACUUGGCCUUAUAUAAUAUACUUCCCCUGGCGUAUUCUCAGAGCAGUUACCUGAUCCUCAUCGAAGCCAUUGGCAAUGCGCCAAUGUAUUGGAUCGUGACUUUGCUCGUGGUAGUGGUUUCACUUCUUCCAUUCUUCACUUAUGAUGUAACGCGGAGGCAUUUCUUUCCCAUAGAUGAUCAAGUGAUCCGAGAGAUGAAAUACUGCAGGCAGGAUAUCAUGGAUUAUCCAAUGUGGUUGGGAGAGCAACAUAAAUCCAGGAGCCGGACUCAAAUUGGUUUCUCUUCAAGAGUUGAUGCAAAAAUUCAACACUUGAAGGAGAAGUUAAACCAAAAAACAAAAUUUGUAAGUAGAUUUAUCGGCGAACAGCCCACAAGAUAG